AUGGCUGCAUCUCGGAGAUUCCACUUUUUCGACAAGUGCCUUAUCACCGUGUCUGAACCAGGCCGGGGCUCCGUAGGCUUUGAGGCAGUAGUAGACACGGCCGGUGACGAUGACUUUCUAUGGGUCCUGGAGUCAUCAGGUCGGCUGAACGCCUUGUACAGGGAUGUUGGCGCAGCAUAUUCGGAGGACUCCUUGCGCUGCAUCUCUGUAAAGGCUUUCGAGUUCGAGGCGCAGCGCGUCUUUUCCUGCAGCGAAGCCUUGGCAGUCGUUGUUCUAGGGAAGGAUGAAGAGUCGGAUUCGAUGCUCAAAUUCAACACGUACAAGGUCACGCCUCAAUUUGAUUUGGAGAACAGAGAGUUGCUCCAUUUUGUGCAAUCCGUUCCCGUAUUCUCUCCAUCGCAGGGUCUAGUACUAGAUCACGUACAAGCUGUCGCAGUGUCACAAUGUGCAUCUUUAGCUGCUGUCGCCACAGCGGGCGGAUCUGUUUACAUAUAUCGCAACUAUGUGGCCCCUCCAGUGGAAGGUUCGCCACAAGAACAACGCCUAAGAAGUUACAGCGUUGCUGACGUGGCUGGGGCGCGUCAUCUAGGUGCUAUCCGUGCUCUGCAUGUCAGUCCGCUUUCCUCCGGGCCGUUCGGUUUAGCGGUAUGCUGUGACAACUUGAUUAUAUCGCUACGCUUGACUUCGGUCCCGGAAGUCGCGUAUACGCAACUGAUAGAGUCGUCAUUCGAGGCAUCUUGCGACCUGGGCGGUAAGGGCCAAUUCGUGGUUGCCAAAUCGGGUGGGAUGCUCGACAUUUACGACAUCGAAAGCGGAUUUGUUUCCGCGGUGAAGGGUUCGGAAUCGUGUUCUUCAAUAUGUGCCUACAAGAACUACGUUGCCACGGCGUCAUUGGAAUGCAGGGGCGGCCUCGAGGCGUCGUAUGCCACCACCCUGGUCAACGUGCAGUCUAUUAUAGCGGGGCUGGAUUUCGUGGCGCAUUCGCAGUAUAUACCCGUUGUAUUCAAGUUUGAAAGAGCAUUGAGAUCCCUGUACGUGUUUGCGCGCUCUGGAACAAGUUCUGCGUUGAUUUUGUUCGAGCUGCGGGAGAAGGGCAUCCAUGAUCGUCUGCAGAUUCUAAUUCGCAAACGUAUGUUUGAGUGGGCCAUGCACAUCGCCGCUUUGGAGCGUCGCCCGAUUGCUGAGUGCGAGGAGCUUCACAAGAUCCACGCGAAUUGGUUAUACGACAAAGGGCAUUACGAUCUGGCCAUAGAGGCCUACUGUCGCGCGGGUUCUGCCGUAGAACCGGCAUUCGUCAUUGGGCGUUUCAUGCCAUUGCGUUCGAGGUUUUACCUCUAUAAAUACUUGUUGCACCUGCAUCGGUCUGGCACUGCAUCCCGCAUUCACACGGUGGUGCUGAUGCGGGCCCUGCAAUCGCUGUUUGAAGAUAACUCCGGGGGCAGCUGCAGAUGGGAUACCGCAGACAGCUCUACCUCUCCAACAUCAGGGGGGACGUCUGAGCCGGAUGGUAAUGGCGUCGACUGCCAACAGCUGCUUUCCGCAUUCCUGUCGGAGUUUGGAGACUCACACCAGGACGGCAUAAUGGACGCCUUGUCCGAUUGCCGCUCCGCCGGCGGCUCUGACUUCGCACGCGUCGUUGCCCUGGCCCAGCAAGACCACGACCAGUACAUCGAUAUUCUGGUGGAAGACUUCCACGACUACAGCUCGGCCUUGGAUUACCUGAGGACUGUUAACCGGCAGGUUGCAUGCAAUGCGAUUCUGCGGCAUGGAAGGCGCCUGGUGAAACACGACCCCGAGGCAGUGCUGUCGUUGAUUCGCAAGAUCGGCGAAUCCAUGCCACACAGCACCGGCAGCGUCCACGACGCAUUCGUGCCCAUCUUCUGCAUGGAGGAUCGAUUUCUGGCUGAGAUGCUCGGCCCUGAUGGCCCCAGCACACAGUUGCUGAUAUUUUCCACCAGGCUGCACCUCAUGCUUGAUCAGUUCGCUUCGCGCCGGCGGCGUCGGAUGGCUGACACGGCAGACGCCGCGCCGGCAGCACCCACCGCUGCGCAGUCGACCGGUGAUGACCCAAAUGUGCAUCCAGCGUCGGCACUCGAGAACGGCGUCGGCUCCAUAGCCACCGCGGAAGCGGCGUCGGCCGCGUAUGUUGAUGGUGAGUCUGACGUCACCGGCCUGGAGAACCGCAUGUGGAAGUUAUUGAACGGGAACACCCAGCUCGCUGAAUACCAGAUGAUAGCUUUGAUUCUGUGUCUUCUAUACGGCUACCAGCGUGGCGCCAAUUUGAUGGCGAUUAAGAUGGGCUAUUACCACCUGCCCCUAGUUCUGGCUGGCAUGGGGAACAACGAGAUCAACAGCAACAAGUUCGACUUGCUUAACCACGCUUUGAGCUACGGUUACAACGAGCCUACACUGUGGAUCGGCACUCUGUCCUUGCUGGUCGGAGCUUCCAACGAUACCUCGGAGGAAAUACGUGGCGCGUUGCGCCACAUACAGACCCACAGAUUGCUGAGUUUUCCUGGCGUUUUGGCCAUCCUCAAGAAGAAGCGGACCUUGCAGUUUUGCCACGUGAAGGAAUACCUGCGCAACGAGUUUCGUCGAAUCGACGAGCUUUUGCACGAGUGCAUCGGGGACAUAGCUCAGGACAAGAUCGACUGCAGCCAGAUGAACCGUGACCUUCAGCGGCUGCAGCACUCGUACUUUGUGAUCAACAACACUAACUGCUCACGGUGCGAGUUAUGCCUCGAGAUGCCGUCCUUGCAUUUUUACUGCCAGCACUCCUUCCACACGUACUGCAUAGGCACCGACGGCGUUUGCCCCAAAUGCGCCCCCGCGACACAAGAUGGACCGGGCGCCAGGCCCCAGAAAAGCUCUGGUCACCAGGACGACUUUUUCAAGUUCCUGAGCGGCGCAACUGACCCCUUCGUUUACAUGGCACAGCAGCUGGAGCGUUUCGCGUUUGCCCAGUCGUGA